CAUUAAUAAUAUUUUACAUCGUCUUCAUUGGCUAUAUUAUAUAUGUAUAUAAUAUAUAUAUACACACACUCAGUGCUUUUGGUUCUUCGUUUAAUCUUCCUUCUUGCUGGAAUUUGUUUUUUUUUUGUGCAUUUUUGAGCUAAAAUUUGAGAUAUGGAGAUUAUUUUGGCGACAGUAGUGUUGGGUAUCUUGCUAGCUGUGUUCAUUGUGAUACCUCGACUGCGGAGUAAAUCUGUUCCGCAGAAAAGAAAGGUUGCCUCAAAUGCUCAGAACAAGGCAGUCAAAUCGUAUAGCAAAGCUGAAGUUGCACGGCAUAACAAGAGAACUGAUUGCUGGAUUAUUAUCAAAGAUAAGGUGUUUGAUGUUACCUCGUAUGUCGAAGAACACCCAGGGGGUGAUGCCAUCCUAGAUCAUGCUGGUGAUGAUUCAACUGAAGGUUUCUAUGGGCCACAACAUGCUACGCGAGUAUUUGAGAUGAUUGAUGACUUCUGCAUCGGAGAUCUAGAAAUAUAAAUGAUAACUUCCAUAGAUUGAUUACGAAUUGUUCAUGUGAUGAAAAAACUCGAGGAGCUUGUGUUACCUCAUAAUAAAGCAUCGAUUGGUAUUUGUUAUUUCAUAUUAUCUAUGAUAUAAUCCAUCUUCCAAAGGGAAAAGGUACUCUCUUUACUUUUUUA